AUGGAAAGACGGAUAAAGAUUCUCUUUGAUAAGGUGAUUUCUCCCCUUCAGUCAGCUUACGUACCUGGUAGACUGAUCUCAGAUAAUAUCUCUCUUACACAUGAGAUUAUUCAUACACUCAAAAGGAAAAAGAAAGGUGACAACUAUUUGGCAUUAAAGCUAGACAUGUCAAAAGCAUUUGACAGGCUAGAAUGGAGUUUCAUCACAGAAGUUAUGAAGAGAAUGGGUUUUAGUGAGAAGUGGUGUUCACUCAUUCAUCAGUGCAUAUCAACCACAGAAAUAUCUGUAUUACUAAAUGGAUCACCUUGCACUCCUUUUCAUCCAACCAGAGGUAUACGACAAGGAAAUCCAAUCUCUCCUUAUCUCUUCAUUAUUUCCAUGGAAGCCUUCUCUCGUGCAAUGGUAGCUACAGAAUACUCAAAGAAAAUAUCAGUGAAGAAUAACUUUUGGGGUGGCUCUCUUAAGGCUAAAUACUUCAAAAAUCAUAAACCUCUUCAUGCCCCUAAAAAGGCAGACUCUACAUGGUCUUGGAAGAGUAUUAGCUCAGAAUUUGAGUUCAUAUAUAAAUACAACUUUUGGUCAUUAGGAAACGGUGAGAAUAUCCUAAUAUGGCAGGACAAGUGGGUGCCUUCACUAAAUGAUCCUCCAUCUCCAGAUGAAGCUGCAGUUAAUAUUCAAGACUACAAAUAUGUCGCUGAACUUAUUGAUUCAACAAAUAAAUGCUGGAAGAAAGAUAUUGUUUAUCAUCUUUUCAAUCUGGAAGCUGCUCAGAAAAUCUUGGCUAUAAGAAUUCUUCUACAGAGUGAAGAUAAACUAGUUUGGACUAGAACUAAAAAUGGUUGUUUUACUGUCAAGUAUGCAUACCAGGAUCUAUACAAUCUCAAGUAUCACAAUGGAGCUGAUCAUCCCCCGGUAGCCAACACAAAUCUCUGGAAAAGAAUCUGGAUCCUACCCUUGAUUCCUAGAAUCAAGUUAUUCCUGUGGAAAUGUGCAAAAGAUAUUAUAUCUUCUAAAGAAAGGUUAAGCAGAAGGUUUCCUCAAGAAGAAGUAAAAUGUAAAUGGUGUGGCUGUGAGAUGGAGACAACCAUGUACAUUCUUCUCGACCAUCCCUUUGCAAGGGAUGUUUGGUUUGGAGCUGGUUAUAUUAUCUCAGAUCAUGAAUGGGUACAGCCAAAACAAUGGACUGCUAGUUGGAUUCUUAACUCUGACCAGAAUAUGAUCAUAAAAAUGGCAGUUAUCAGCUGGCAGUUAUGGAAAGACAUAAGUUGUGUCUUCUUCAGUAACAAAAUCUCUACCCCUAAUCAACUUUUACAUUUCAUCAAUAAGUUCAUUAGUGACUCUAAAUCUGAAGGAUAUGGACUGAUUUUUCAGAAUUUUGCAGGUACUCACUUAGCUUCAGCCUGCAAGUACUAUCAAGUAGCAUCUGGACCUGAACAACUGGAGUGCUUGGAGGUUCUGGAGUUAUUAAAAUUAGCAAUAAGGUGGGAGUUCAGAAGGAUUGCCAUUGAAGUUGAUUACCAAGCUCUAGUUAGAGCAAUCCAGGGGGAAGAAUCUGAUGUUCCUUGGGAGUCAAGAGGGAUUGUUGAUGACAUUAAGUUUCUUUUACUUUCUUUUGAUUUAUGGUCGUGUAAGCACACAAAUAGACAUGCAAAUAAGUAUGCAGAUAGUCUAGCUAAACAUGGUAGAAAGGAAGGUAUCUCUGAUACUUAG